AUGAAUUGUUUAAGCAUCAAUAUCAGGGGUGUGGGGGUUAAUGGGAAGGCAGAUUGGAUCAGGGGAAUCAAAAAUAAAGAAAAGAUCGAUUUCAUUUCGUUGCAAGAAACACAAUGUGCUUCGAUCAACGAGACUAUCAUUAGAAAAUUUUGGGGUAAAGCUAAGCUUGGUUGGGAAGGGGUGGACCCUACGGGUCGUUCUGGUGGUCUUAUUUGUAUGUGGGAUACGGGGAUAUUUAAUAAAAUUGGUGGAUAUAAAGAUAGUAAUUACUUGAUCGUCAAAGGAAAUAUCAAAGGUUAUAAUGAGAGUAUUUGGCUGGCUAAGAUAUAUGCUCCUCAGAAACUGCGUGAUAAGAAAAGGUUGUGGGAGAGACUUACAGAAAUCAGAAAUAACGAAGGUGGGAUUUGGUUACUAAUGGGUGAUUUUAAUUCAGUUAGAAUACCAGAAGAAAGAAAAGGGUCAGUCUUCAAUCCUAAUUGUGGAAGGGCGUUUAACGAAUUCAUCCAUAAUGCAAAUUUGGAGGAAUACGAGAUGAAAGGGAACCGAUCACAAUCCACUAAUGUUGACGGUGAAAGACUUUAA